GCGGGCUGCGGGCGCCAUCUUGGUCGGCGGGUCGGAUUGAAUGAGCCCGCCGAGCCGCGGCCGCCGUUCCGAGCCGCGCGGACACCGAGCCGCCGCCGCCGCCGCCUCCAUGGCCACGCCGCCGCCCGGCCGCGCGGGCGGGCCCGCCACGCCGCUGUCGCCCACGCGCCUGUCGCGGCUGCAGGAGAAGGAGGAGCUGCGCGAGCUCAAUGACCGCCUGGCGCACUACAUCGACCGCGUCCGCGCGCUCGAGCUGGAGAACGACCGGCUCCAGCUCAAGAUUUCCGAGCGGGAGGAGGUGACCACGCGCGAGGUGAGCGGCAUCAAGACGCUGUAUGAGGCGGAGCUGGCUGAUGCCCGCCGGGUGCUGGACGAGACGGCCCGGGACCGGGCCCGGCUGCAGAUCGAAAUUGGGAAGCUGAGGGCCGACCUGGAGGAGGCCAACAAGAGCGCAAAGAAGAGGGAGGGCGAGCUGACGGUGGCCCAGGGCCGCGUCAGGGACCUGGAGUCCGUGUUCCACCAGAGUGAGGCGGAGCUGGCCGCCGCUCUCAGCGACAAGCGCGCCCUGGAGAACGACGUGGUGGAGCUGAGGGCCCAGCUGGCCAAGGCGGAGGAUGGGCACGCGGUGGCCAAAAAGCAGCUGGAGAAGGAGACGCUGAUGCGUGUGGACCUGGAGAACCGCUGCCAGAGCCUGCAGGAGGAGCUGGCCUUCCGCAAGGACGUCUUUGAGGAGGAGGUGCGGGAGACGCGACGGCGACACGAGCAGCGCCUGGUGGAGGUGGACAGCAGCCGGCAGCAGGAGUAUGACUUCAAGAUGGCCCAGGCGCUGGAGGAGCUGCGGGCGCAGCACGACGAGCAAGUGCGGCUGUACCGCCUGGAGCUGGAGCAGACCUACCAGGCCAAGCUGGACAACGCCAAGCUGAUCUCCGACCAGAACGAGAAGGCCGCCAGCGCCGCUCGGGAGGAGCUGAAGGAGGCCCGCAUGCGGGUUGAGUCCCUCAGCUACCAGCUUUCCGGCCUCCAGAAGCAGGCGAACGCGGCUGAGGACCGGAUCCGGGAGCUGGAGGAGACCGUGGCCGGGGAGCGGGACAAGUUCCGGAAGAUGCUGGACGCCAAGGAGCGGGAGAUGACGGAGAUGCGGGACGUGAUGCAGCAGCAGCUGGCCGAGUACCAGGAGCUGCUGGACGUCAAGCUGGCCCUGGACAUGGAGAUCAGCGCCUACCGCAAGCUCCUGGAGGGCGAGGAGGAGAGGCUGAAGCUGUCCCCCAGCCCGUCGUCGCGCAUCACCAUCUCGCGGGCCACAUCGAGCAGCAGCGGCAGCAGCGUGUCCGUGUCCGGGCGCCUGGGCCGCAGCAAGCGGAAGCGGCUGGAGGUGCAGGAGCCGCUGGGCACGGGCUCCAGCGGCACCGGCUCGGGCAGCAGCGGCAGCAGCAGCUUCCGCCUGGCCCAGCAGGCCUCGGCCUCGGGCAGCAUCAGCAUCGAGGAGAUUGACCUGGAGGGCAAGUUCGUGCAGCUGAAGAACAGCUCGGACAAGGAUCAGUCUCUGGGCAACUGGAGGAUCAAGAGGCAGAUCCUAGAAGGGGAGGAGAUCGCCUACAAGUUCACGCCCAAGUAUGUGCUGCGGGCUGGCCAGACGGUCACGGUGUGGGCAGCCGGUGCAGGGGUGGCUCACAGCCCCCCGUCCACGCUCGUGUGGAAGAGCCAGAACAGCUGGGGCACGGGCGAGAGCUUCCGGACCGUUGUGGUCAAUGCUGAUGGGGAGGAAGUGGCCAUGAGAACCGUGAAGCAGUCCUCGGUGGUGCGGGAGGCCGAGAACGGGGAGGAGGGUGAGGACGAGGCGGCCGAGUUUGGAGAGGAGGAUCUUUUCCAUCAGCAGGGGGACCCGAGGACCACCUCUCGAGGCUGCCGCGUCAUGUGAACCGAACAUGCCUCAUCACACGUCUUUCUUUAUCCAGGGCCACUGAAAACUAUUUUUAUAUCAUUGGCUUCUUUAGUCCUUGGUACAUUUCUAGAGAGUUUUUAAGCAAACUGCCAGAGCGUGGGGGUGGGUCUCUGCUGAGCUUUCCUGUCGCUGGGUUUCCCUGGGCCCUUCAUCACCACUGUCCAGAGUGUUCAGUGCCCCGUUCUCACCUUUCGGUUGAGUUCAGGGCCCAGGAGCCGAGUGGCUAGCGGCCUUUGGGCUGGGAGUCCAGGGGGCCCGUCCACCGCUUCGGUCUCAGCUGCAGCCUGGGGUCAGGGCGGGAGAGGAGGCCUGAGGUGGACAGAGUGGAACUGCGCGUAGGAAUCCAAUAGUUGUUUGUUUUAUUAAGCUUUUAAAAUAACCAGAUUCAGAAUCCAGGUUCUGACCUGGUGGGGGAAAGGGGCACCCUGUGGAAUUUUGGUGGCUCAGCCAACCGAGCACCGGAACAAGGGAAUCACAGGCAUUUACCAUCAGGCCUGGGCUUCGGGGUUUGUCACAAUUUCUGCUCUGCUCUCAGGAAUUGGGGUGCGCGGGGUCGGCCUCCUGGCUCCCUCUCUGCUGGAACCUCAUGUUUCUGGGGUUUUCUGCAGUUGAGUUCCUCACCUUACGGGGAUGAUUCCGUUGUAAGGCUUGUCCUCAGGUAAGCCUUGAGGGGACAGGUGUGACGAACUCGGAAACAAAUGCCUUGGGCUCCAGCACUACGUCCACCUGUAACCACCGCUUCCCACCCUCCCGUCGGAGGAGGGCGACUUCAGGGCGAGACGCUGGACUCCCCGUUCUCCGACUCUGUGCCUUGUGCAUGGGGCACGCUGACUCACGUGUAUUCUUGGGCAUAUACUAAUAUCCCGGCUUCCUCUGUAACUUCUUGCUGAAGUGGUGUUUCUGAGACAGACCUGCCAGGGCCAGUUGGCCUCUACGGGAUGGCUCCAAGUCACGGUCCAGCUUCUGGCUGCCUGGAGGCCCCCUCCCUGCAUCAGCUUACCUUCGACGCCUCUGCCACGUAGAUACACAGAAAUUAUUUUUUUAACGGAUAUUUAUUUUUUUACAUCGGUCAGUACACACAUUGCCGGGAUCCCACCUCAGAGGCUCAUUCAUGCCAGGGUCACCAGGACAGUCCCCCGAGGGGGUGGCAGUGGGGGGCCUGUCUCUGUGGACUCUGAGGCCCCAGACGGCAAACUUCUUUCAGAAAGCGCAGCUCAAGUCUUAAAAGACGCAAUACUGAGCCAUGGAGGUGGCCUGCCCCAACCCCAGGCCGGGAGCAGCCCAUCUGCCUCCUUUCCCUGGGAAUCAUGGCAACAAGGGCCCGAGGCCUGAGCCCCAGGCCGGGAAAGUGCCAGUGGCCGAUAAAAAUAAGCUGCUGCUGAGUCUAGAAUCUCCUACAGACUCUGGCUUUAAGUCCGAGCAUCUUUCCAUGGCCACCUGGACCGCGGGCUGUUUCCCCUGUGGAGGGAGACAUCUCUUACCAGAACAGCUCCUCGGGGACGGGGCAGCCCCUGGAAAGCGUUUCUUGCCCUGGCAAUGCGCCUCCCCCCGCCCCCCAGUGUGCACUUGCCCAGGAGUGCUUGCAGGCCUGUGAGGUCGCAGGCUGUCUUCCUUCUCCCAGACGUAGCAGGAGCUGAGGGAGCUGUGAGGGUCUGGGGAGCCUGAUGAGAUGCUGGGAGAGUGGGGCUAGGUGGCCCUCAAGCAAGUGGGAACUGCACUGGCUGCAUCCUUCAAGGUAUUUUGGGAGUCUCUGGGGAACAAAGGUCUGUCCUGGAAUUUGGGGCCUGAAUUGCUGAAGUUUUGCAGGCUGGGCUCGAGGACAGGAAGGAAGGGAGAGGGCCCCACCCUCCCUGCAGGCCCAGAGGUCCCGAAAAACAGCCCAAGGGCUGCCCUAGUGCCUGCAGAGCCCCCAGGCUCACUGGUAGGGGUUGUUCCCAGCAGCUGAAUUUUCUUGCCUGCUUGAGAUCUUGGGUGGAGCCUGGAAGUGGCCCAGACAGGCGCUGGGAUGCCCUUGGCUGGUGGAGGGAGGGUGCACUGGACUAGUGGCCACUUGUGGCUGGAGGCUGGUGACGGUCAUUGGUAAUCAAGUAUUUGAAAACACGGAGCAGAGUCCAAUGUUACAAUGUCAGCCAGGGCCUGGGAAAUCGAAUUUGCAUAUGUCCUUAAACAUACUUAACUUUAAGCCACUUAAAAUGAUGCAGAAGCGAUUCUUUUUUCUAAGCCCCUGUCAUGUGAUGAGCACUGCGGGGAUGUGGCCGGCAGGAACCAACCCCUGGGAGACACCAAUGCCUCCCCCCGCUCCCCGCCCGCGGUCUGGGCGCUCAGCUGUUUCUACAACAGCCAAGCUCAGACUUGGGCUCGUUUUUACCCACACCAUCUACCAAGCAGUUCUAUUUAUAUCAGCAUAUCCGAGCUGGGACUGACAUUCCUCAAGGACAUUAAAGCUACUGGAAAGGUCUUAAUUCUGAGCCCGAAAGGUAUCAUCAGCACUACAUGCUAGUGGGCUCGGUUUCAAGAACUCGGCUGUUUAGACACGUCUCAGAGAUCUGUUGGUGAUUUUUAUGAUGCAUGCCAAACGUGUGGUCUUUUGUUCUCUCCGAGGAUUUGUAAUACACGUUUUAUGACUGGAAACUUUUUUAUACAACACUCCAAUAAACAUUUUGGUUUUACAUUCUC